UAAUGACCCAUUAGACUACAACGAGCUAAAAUUUGAUCGUCGAUUAUUAGGUGAUGGGGUAAUAAUGACGUCAUCAAGUGACGCGGCAAAUACGUGUGAGCUCCAGACUCUACUCUUCUCACAUAUCAACGACAGGGCGAAGGAAUGUGGGGGAAAAUGGUGGCGGGGACACAGUUGGCACAGGUCCUGUGAACCCAACAUCUGUACCCAGGAGCUCGUCCCCAGGCUCAAAUAUUCCUUCAAACAUGAGCUUUUUUUCCAGCUGAUACCAUUCAGAUCAGGUCGUAACAACAACAGGACCUUAGUUGGUAGUUGGAGAGCGAUUUGCCAGGCCCAGGAGAUAUUCCUAAGAGAUGGCCACCAUACCGUCCAUCCCAAGCUAUACGCCAAUCAGACAAUUCCACUUCCACUUACAUACCCCGAAGAGCUCUUUAAGGCAAUGAACGGUGCUCGGUGCCGUGUCCGGGGUUCGAUCCCGGGCAGCCUAUCAACAAGCGAUCAUCGCGUCGCUGACGGCUUCCUUCGGCCUAAUACGACAUCCGAGCGGAUCUAUCAUAUCCGUCGGGUAUCGCUGCAUCACGCGGAAAGUUUGACAGCGAGCAAUUUAUAUCGCGAACUGUGCAUAAGAAAACCGGUAACCCCCGGGCGAUGUGCCUGGCGGUGGGAUAGCACACCGUGGGACCAGCGAGAGUGCAGCUCCUUGGAUUCCAUAGCUUUGGCGGGACCCAGCAGGGAACGGUACAUAGGAGGUCUCGAUAAAAAGUCACAACCACACAAAAAACAAUCUCACUCCUAA